AUGCAGCAUUGCCUCCAAAUCAGUGAGGAUUGUCUCUUACAACACAUCCAGCGAGAACAUUACCAGGCAGUAAUAUGGAAAAGAGAAACAACUCCAAUAAUUGAUGCGCCUUCACCAACUGAUAAUGGAUGGAAGAUUGAUGAAGAAGGAAAUAUUGAUGUGGUAUGGAUGACAAAGAAAUGUGCUCCUGAUGUGCUACUCAAAGAUUGCAACUGUAAAUGUAAAACAGCUAGGCUGUUCAACCUUAAGAUACUCUUGUAAAAGGCAAACAACCAGUGUGAUAAAAUGUGCCAGUGUGUUGGAUGCACAAAUUUUCCACACGAGUCCAGCGAAAGCGGUAGCCUUGAAGAUGAUUCAGAAGAGGAUCUGGGAAGUGAUAUGGAGAAAGAAAACUUGUAG